AUGCUGGCCUGUAUCCAGAGACGGCAGAACCUCUCGUCGCAGCGUUUGGCCUGCACACCUAAAAGCCUCGAUGUCCCACCGCCGCCAUUACUGCUGCCGGUACCACCGCUGCAGCCAUGCACCCACAAAGGCGAGCCGGCCUCCGUGAUUUCUCGGUACCCGUCUCCUGCAGAGUUGGACGCUUUCGCCCAGAAAACCGCCAACAGCCCCCUGUCCAUCAAAAUCUUCCCGUCAGAUGUCCGGGUGCCGCAACACAAACAGCUCAACAAAACGGUGAACGGCUUAGACACCACGGGCCAACGCUACAGCCCCUAUUCACACCCGUACUCAGGAGGCUACCAGGGCUUGCUGGCCAUCGUCAAAGCCUCGGUGGUGGUGAAAGGUGUGGUGAAAACCUCGGAGGGCAGGAGGACUAAACAUGCAAACAGCCAGACUUCUGUGGCACCGUAUAAUAAUCCCCUGAAUAAUGGCUACACAGUCAGACACGGGCACAAGGCCUAUCGUAUAAGCUCAUGUAAGCCCCCUGAUGUACCCAUUGAGACACUUUGUUCUAGCGCAGGGAUAGCCUCCGGAGAUCAGAGCCUGGCCCCCCAGUCUGAGCUGGCAGAGGUUCAAAGCCUGAUGAGGCAGAUGAGCAGAGUUCCCCACAGCCAGGCCCUGCAGCUGGGUGGAGAGGCCCGGUCCAGCCCCUCCCUGCAGGCUGUGGCUGCUGUGGCACAUUCAGACUCAGACUUUGUCCUGGGAGUGCCGCCCCAAAGCAGUCUGCCUUUCGCGGGGGCAGUGCUGCCGACACAGAGCGCAGACAUAGCCAAAGCCGGAUACUUGGAGAAGAGAGACUACACAGUGUGGCAGCACAAAGCUCAAAUGCAGCAGCAGCAGCAGCAGCAGCAGCAGCAGCAGUCCUAUCAGCAGGGAGCAGUGAGGAUGUACAGUGUGAGUAACAGCGCUCAGGGGCACAGAGCAGCAGAGGCCGGGGUUGGCCAAUCUCCCGAAACCUGCAUCCCUUUGGCGUGCUCCUCGCAGCUGCCGUACAGGCCGCAUCCCGGCAGCGUGGGCGCCGGGCAGGAGCGAGUCAGCGGCUCGUCUCUGAACUGCGCCGCCAUGCAGGGGGAGCUCUCGGUCGGACAGUACUUCGCUCCUCUCUGGGACAGCGUCGCGGCAACUCCCAACGCUGACUGUUAUACCUCUCAGGUGCUGGCAACGGGUACAUGUGCAGCCAGGCCGAGAGACAUGGGGCUCUCACAUCCCCACCUCCACCCAAACCGCCACCAACACCAACACCAACACCACCACCAUCAUCCACAGCAUCACCAGCCACAGCUCCACCCUCAUCCUCAUCCUCUUCCUCCUCCUCCACAUACCCAGGCCUACAGCACAGACCAAAACCUCUGUUGCGGGCUGCCUACUUCUAGCCUGUGCCACGCUGCAGUACUCAGCAGCAGCCUGCAGUCUCUGGAGUGCCUCAUCAGUGAGAUCCACCCUCCCUGCAUCAAAGAGCGUAUGCUGGGCCGUGGGUACGAAGCCAUGGGGAUGCCUCAGCUGCUGGAGCACCAACAACAAACCCACAUCCAGCUUCCCGUCUACAGAUAAGACAAGGUGCUGCCACCCGACGGGGACGUCACAAACCUUUUAUAAACGAUGGGAGUUGUGCGAGGACGAGACAUGCCUUCUUUUUUUUUUUUGUUCUUUGUGCAUGUACUGUAUUUGUAGAAGGCUUAGUGUUGUAAGCCUGAGAAAGGUAAAUGAUAAUCAUGACUUAAGAUACAGGUUUAUCCAACGGACUUUUCACGUGUUUAUUUUUGUACCCUAAAUGGCCAUCAAACAUUUAAUACCGAGCACCGAUUACAUCCGCUGUAUGAUUUGCAGGUGAUUACUCUGUAAAGGCCUUUUGACGACAACAACGGAAACACACCGAACUGAAAUAAUCACCCCUCUGAAAAUACAUGUACUUGAAUCUGGGAAGGAUCUCUGGUAACAGUUUUUGUGAAUAUACUGUAUAUUUUUACAUAAAAAUCGCUUCUUAUCGGAGAGGGAACAUUCUUCCACUAUUACCUGAGCUUUUAACUGCUUUGUUGUGGAUUUUUUUUUACUGUUUUCCCCCCAUUUUUUUUCAUUGACUCCUCUGUUACCAGCCUGUACGGAGGAAUAUUUCAAUCAUUUGCUUAUAAAUGUGAAUAUUUUUUGUUAUGCAGCCACAGACGAAAAAGUUGUGUAAUUUAACACGUUAAAUGAUUUCAUGUAGUCAACCUAUUAGGACUGUUGCAUAUUCAAAUCAACACUGUGGCAUUCAGGCCAAGUAAGACGUGCCCUUUUUUUUGGUUGUAUUUUUAACAUUUAUAAACUUUUAAGAGGUUGUGUGGACGUUUUUUUUUUGUUUUUUUUUGGGAAGCAGCACAUGUAAUAACGGAUGUUGAAAAGCAGGCCGCCUGAAUCAUUUACAGUGUCUUCUUUGUAGGGCUAUAUUAUCUCUGAAGGCUUGAGACGUGUGACUGAGUAGCUCUUUGUGUGUCUGCACUGGUUCCGUGAUACUAUUUAUUUAUGUCGGCCUGUUGAGUUCUACGGCAAACUGUCUAUAAUUAUAAAGUGCAAUUAUUAUAUAUGAA